CUCCUCAGCUAAAGGCCUGCCUUGCCACUCCCCCUUGGAACUUCCCGACCUCUUGCCCGCUUCCUCCGGGUUCCUGGGACCCGUCGACCAUCCCAGGCUACUCUCUGUAGUUGCGGUUUCCCCUCUAUUGCUGUGACCGAGCUGGUUUUGGUUUUGCAGGUCCGUGAAGUCCCAGGAUGGCGGCUCCCCAGUGCAGAACGGUGAUUCAAGGGGAAGCGUCGGAGACGGACUCUGAUGAAGAAGUGUAUCUGUCAUCCGUUCCCCAGGGCCCCUGUCCCAGCCUCUCUGGGGUGAAAGUCUUGGGGGAAGCGUCGGAGACCGACGACGAAGACGAAGGGAGCCCAUCGGGGCCUGAAGCCAAGUCUCAGCUAGUUGACCUGGACCUGCCUCCCUUGAUCGUCCUCAGGAAGGAGGAGCCGCGGUCUCCUGUGGGAGUAGAAGAGAAACCCGCCCUCCGCCUCCAGCCCCAGGGCCGCUACAGCACCCUGCUGCAGCAGAAGCUGGCGGAGAGCAACGCCCGCUUGCACGGCGACGUCAGCUGCGCCAUCAAGCAGGUGUACCACACGGCCACCAAGGAGCUCGCCGGCCUGACGGCGCAGCUCAGCGCCUCGCAGAGCGGCAUCAUCGGCGCCUCGCACCACAUCCGCCUCGUUCUGGAUGACUUGCGCGCCGUGGCCGACAAGAUGGACAUCAUCACCAGCUGCAGCCUGCUGCCUGAUAUCCAGAUAGAGCUGCCCCCGGCGUGAACCCCUCCCUUCUCUCAGAAGCAGGGGGGCUGAGCCACUCCCCUGCGGUUAGCAGCUCCAUGUGUGGGGCUGGUUGGUUACUGAGGGGCCCUGGCUUGUCCAAAUGAGGGGAUGUGGAAUCCGAUGCCCAGAAGGGUCCGUUUGGGUGCUGACAAUACGGCUCAGCAAGCCUCGGUCGAAUUAAUGACCCAGAUCUCAGAGAGCCUGGCUCCCAGCAGUCACAAAAGCCUCGCACAGCUGCUGCUUAACAGAAUGGACGUUAACACGGGAGCUGAUCCCAAGAAGCGAGUGUGCUGUAAGGUCUGUGCUUCAGGGUGACGCGGGCAGAUUAGCAUGGCCGGCACGUGUCCGAAGGUGAGGGGCCGCGCUUGUCCUGAAAUCUAACAGGAAGCUGUAAAAAUCGUCCGAUGUAAAUAAAAAGCUCUCAGCCUGGCA